CAUCGACUCCCAUAUGUUUCAAUUUUAAAUCCGACCUUAACCUAAAAGUUGACAUUCAAUACUUCAAAAAUGAUACGAAAUUGUGUUUUAUUAGAACGUUUGUCGAGAUUGAACUAUUUAAAUUUAGAGUGUUACAGAUGUAAACACAAUUCGGCUGUUGAGAAGCUAAGGGAAAGGCUUGCAAAUGGCCCAGACUUGUCAGACUUUAUUCAAGAAAAGGAGAAAAAUGAUAAAGAAGUUGACUGGAGUACAUACAAUGGACGAUUGAAACGUAACCAAGGAGACAGUACCAGAUUGAGAUUGCCACCUUGGCUGAAAACCGAAAUUCCACAAGGCAAAAAUUUCUCUCGCAUCAAGGAGCAGUUGAGAGACUUGAAUCUGCACACAGUAUGCGAAGAGGCCCGCUGCCCGAAUAUUGGUGAAUGCUGGGGAGGAGGCCAACAUGGAACAGCAACUGCUACCAUUAUGCUGCUGGGCGAUACAUGCACACGAGGCUGCCGCUUCUGUUCGAUCAAAACGUCGCGCGCGCCACCGCCACCCGAUCGCGACGAACCGACCAAGACUGCGGCAGCGAUCGUGUCGUGGGGCCUCGACUAUGUCGUGCUCACAUCCGUCGACCGUGACGACUUACCUGACGGAGGCGCGAGACAUUUCGCCGACACCGUGCAAGAGAUUAAGCGUCGCAACGCGCGCAUCCUGGUCGAGUGUCUGGUGCCUGACUUUGGCGGCAACGUCGACUGUGUGAAGACAAUCGUCGACUCCAAGCUGGAUGUGUACGCGCACAACGUGGAAACGGUGGAGGCGCUCACGCCCUUUGUCAGGGAUCAUCGUGCCAAGUAUUGGCAAACAAUGAAAGUGUUGAAAGCAGCCAAAGAGUACAACCCAGACCUCAUUACCAAGUCAUCAAUCAUGUUGGGUUUGGGAGAAACAGAUGAGGAAGUCCAUCAAACUAUGAAAGACUUACGUGAUCACGGCGUGGACUGCGUGACGUUGGGCCAAUACAUGCAGCCGACCAAGAAACACCUGAAAGUGGUCGAAUACGUGACCCCCGACAAAUUCAAGCACUGGGAAACCGUAGGCAACGAAUUGGGAUUUCUGUACACGGCCAGUGGACCACUGGUUCGUAGCUCCUACAAGGCUGGAGAGUUCUUCAUUUCCAGCAUUAUUAAGAACAGAAAAGCAAACAAAGCCUAGUUCAAAUAUUGGUAGUGAACGAAUUAUGUAAAUAAAUGGGUACUACUUAUUUACAAGAAUGCUUUAACAAGGUAUAAAAAGAGGGAAAUUAGUUGAUAUUGUAUAAAAUGUAGGUUACUGUUGAUAGAUGAAUAAUUCUACUUGUAUAGAUGGGGAAUCCGAUAUCACUAGCUGUCAAAUAUACAAAAUCAGUAGAAAUCAAUAUUUAGAAAUAUAUUUCACACCUAAGGAAGAGGUUCAUCAGCCUUUCCUCAACCAGUCAUUUCUUGUAAAUCACAUCCUUCUACCUUGAAUAUGAAGAACAAAAAUCUACUUGUAUUUUUUCUUUGGGGCCACUUUUAAUAUAAAUAUAUAAAUCUCAGUACCCUUUUAAUUUAUUUUUCGCCACACUGCACAGAAAGCAGCUGUUUUCCA